AUGGGACCAAUUGAGAAUGCAGAAUUGACUAGAGGGGAGUCAGUAAAAUGGAUUCUUGAGAAUGUCGACAUUGAUUAUAUGGUGGAUGUGCCCAUUGAUAACCAACAGUCAGUGCCGGCAUGUCCAAAUCAAAGAUCUUUCAAGAGGAAUGACAGCAGUCUUAGAAAGAGGAGUGGAGUUCAGAGUACCGUCCCUGGGAUGCAAAGGCUACAAUCAGGAGCGGAUAGAGGGCUCAGAAGUUUACGGUUCCUCGACAGAACCACCACGGGGAAGGAACGGCAAGCGUGGAAGGCCAUCGAGAAACGUUUCAACCAAUGUGCAGUUGAUGGGAGGCUCUUUAGAGACAAAUUUGGAGCCUGCAUUGGAAUGGGAGACAGCAAGGAAUUUGCAGUGGAGCUAUUUGAUGCCUUGGCAAGGCGAAGGAGGAUCAAUGCGGCAAAUGGAAUAACUCAGGAAGAACUAAGGCAAUUUUGGGAAGACAUGUCAAAUAAAGACAUUGAUACACGGCUUCAAAUAUUCUUUGACAUGUGUGACAAGAAUGGCGACGGAAAGCUAUCAGAGGAUGAGGUGGAAGAGGUUUUAGUAAUGAGUGCCUCGGCAAACAAGCUUGCCAAUUUUAAGAAACAUGCUACAACAUAUGCAGCCUUAAUCAUGGAAGAACUUGAUCCUGACCAUUUGGGUUUUAUAGAGAUGUGGCAACUUGAAACUCUACUAAGAGGAAUGGGGAGUCCCGAAGAAGGCCAAAAAUGGACCAAGCUCAAAACAGUGACUCUCGCAAAAAGCAUGAUUCCAAGGCGAUAUAGAACCCCAGUUAGCAAAUUCCAGUCUAAAGCCUCGGAAAAAAUACAUGAGAACUGGAGGAAGAUAUGGGUUCUCACAUGGUGGUUAUGCUUGAACUUGAUACUUUUUACUUGGAAGUUCCUUGAAUUCAGACAAAAAGAUGUAUUCCAAAUAAUGGGAUAUUGUUUAUGCCUUGCCAAGGGAGCCGCUGAGACUAUCAAGUUCAAUAUGGCUCUCAUCCUUCUUACUGUAUGCAGAAGAACCCUUACCAAGCUCCGAGAAACAUUCCUUGGCACCUUAAUCCCUUUUGACGACAACAUCAACUUUCACAAGUUAAUUGCAGUAGGGAUUGCUUUGGGGACUUUGGUUCAUACUCUACAGCAUGUAGCUUGCAAUUUUGUAAGAAUAACAACUUGCCCAAAUAAUGAAUUUAUUAGCAUUCUGGGACGCCAGUUCAAUUACAAACAGCCAACUUAUGGGGGCAUGGUGGAAAGUAUCCCUGGCCUAACUGGCAUUUUAAUGAUCAUCCUGAUGACUUUCUCUUUCACGCUAGCAACACAUUCAUUCAGGAGGAAUGCCAUAGCACUGCCAUGGCCAUUUCACCAUUUAGCAGGGUUUAAUGCUUUCUGGUAUGCACAUCAUCUUCUGGUACUUGUCUACGCCCUCUUGCUCAUUCAUGGAUACUGCUUAUUCUUUACCCAGGAAUGGUACAAGAAGACGACUUGGAUGUACCUCCUUAUCCCGAUGCUCUUCUAUGCCAGUGAAAGAAUUCUCACUGUUUAUGACCCUAAUUAUUGCAUCAACAUGAUCAAGGCUAUUAUAUAUACAGGAAAUGUUUUAGCACUUCAUAUGAGCAAACCUCCAGGAUUCAAAUACAAGAGUGGAAUGUACCUUUUCGUCAAAUGUCUAGAUAUAUCAAGUUUUGAAUGGCAUCCAUUCUCCAUCACUUCUGCGCCAGACGAUGACUAUUUGAGUGUCCACAUACGUACUUUGGGAGACUGGACUACAGAGCUUAAGAACAGAUUUGCUAAGGCCUGUGAGCCUCAAGUUACACAACCAAGAAGGGGAAAUCUGGUUAGAAUGGAAACUCGAGCAUAUUCAAAUUACGAACAAUCUCAGGCAGGAUUUCCAAAGAUCAUCAUCAAAGGACCUUAUGGAGCACCGGCUCAGAACUACAAGAAAUAUGACAUCCUUUUACUCAUAGGGCUGGGAAUCGGAGCAACCCCCUUCAUCAGCAUUAUUAAGGACCUUCUAAACAACAUCAAACCAAGUGACACCCAAACGGAACACAAGAAAGUUCCAGAAAGAGCAUAUUUCUAUUGGGUGACAAGGGAGCAAGGUUCCUUCGAAUGGUUCAAAGGUGUCAUGGAUGACAUUGCAGAGUAUGAUCUCAAUCAUGUAAUCGAAAUGCAUAAUUACUUGACCUGUGUGUAUGAAGAAGGAGAUGUGCGUUCUGCACUGAUUGCCAUGGUGCAGUCUUUGCAACAUGCUAAGAAUGGAAUUGAUGUUGUAUCAGAAAGUCGGAUAAGAACGCAUUUUGCAAGACCCAACUGGAAAAAAGUGUUCUCCCAUUUGGCAUAUAUUCAUGGGUCUUCCCGGAUUGGUGUCUUCUACUGUGGGAGCCCUACGCUUACAAAACCACUCAAGAAGCUUUGCCAAGAAUUUAGCCUAAAUUCAUCAACUCGCUUCCAUUUUCACAAGGAGAACUUCUAG